GGGCGGGGAGGAGGCGGUGUCUCCCAAGAUGGCGGUUGAUGCCGCUGCAGCGCGAGAGAGAUUGCUGCUAAGGGAGUGAGUGGGCGGCAGCGUGAGCGCGCGCCCCAGCGAGCACGCGCCAGAGCGGAGAGCCGAAGGUGGUGAGGUUCUUGAAGACUGUUUUGGAACUGAUAAAGACAUCGAGUUUAAACAUGUUAGUGCUAAAUAACUUGAAGGCAUUUCCAUACAAGCUGUUACGGAAAAUGACCUGGAAUCAGCCAUCUGUACCAGUGAGGCCUUGCAGCUUGUAUACUUGCACAUACAAAACCAGGAAUCGGGCCAUACAUCCACUCUGGCAAAGCCUGGAAGCAGUACCGGGAGGGGAUCGACAAUCACCAAUCAACAUCCGAUGGAGAGAUAGUGUUUAUGAUCCUUGCCUGAAACCCUUAAAAAUUUGUUAUGAUCCAAGUACUUGUCUUCAUAUCUGGAAUAAUGGAUAUUCUUUCCUAGUAGAAUUUGAGGAUUCUGCAGAUAAAUCUGUUAUUAGGGGAGGACCUUUGGAAAACAAUUAUCGGUUAAAGCAGUUCCAUUUUCACUGGGGAGCAAUAAAUGACUGGGGUUCAGAACAUACUGUUGACAGUAAAUGUUAUCCAGCUGAGCUACAUUUAGUACACUGGAAUGCAGUCAAAUAUAAAAGUUUUGAAGAUGCCGCAAUGGAGGAAAAUGGAUUGGCUGUAAUAGGAGUAUUUUUGAAGCUAGGUGUACAUCAUAAAGAACUACAGAAAUUAGUAGAUGCUUUGCCAGCAAUCAAACAUAAGGAUACGCUUAUUGAAUUUGGAACCUUUGAUCCUGCCUGUCUUAUGCCAACCUGCCCAGAUUAUUGGACCUACUCAGGAUCUUUGACUACUCCACCACUCUCAGAGUCUGUCACCUGGAUCAUUAAGAAACAACCAGUUGAGGUUGAUCAUAAUCAGCUUGAGGCAUUUCGAAUGUUGCUUUUUACUUCAGUUGGGGAGAAAGAAAAGAGAAUGGUUGACAACUUUCGUCCACUUCAACCAUUGAUGAAUCGAACGGUCCGUUCCUCAUUUCAUCAUGAUCAUAUAUUAAAUCUGCAGAAGGGAAGAAAACAGCAAACCCACCAUAUUACUCCAUAAAGAGAUAGCAAGAGAAUUAUUUUGUUUUAGUAUGUAACUUACUUCUGGGCUUAUGUCAUAAUUUUAAGAGAUUUAGACUUGUCUUUUUAGGACAUAUCUCAAUGUAUGUAAGCUCAUAUUUUAGAAGAUUAUUAUAUAUAAAAUAAGGGAGGAUUAAACAUGCACAUUAAGGUAAAAGAAUAAGAAUAAGCGCCUUAAACUUUUCUCAGAGGUUUUUACUACUUUAUUUAGAUACAUUUAUCCUCAUAUUACAAAGAAAAACAAGUAGGUUCUCAACUAAGCAUAUAAAAGUCAUUUAAUCAACUUUAAAAACAAUGCAAAAUCAAUAGUUGUGUCUGAAAGAUUAAGCCUCAGAUGGAAAGAAAUAGAAAGAUAUAUGUUACAGACAAGUUGAUUUUUGCAUACUAAGUAAAUGGGAAACUAUUUGACCUUUAAAAAAGGGAAAAGAUUAUAAUUUUUAAUCAGAAUUUUAUAGGUCAUAUUAUUGUCAUUAGCUUAUAAUAGGGUAUAUUAGCAUACUUUCCACAGAGCAAAAGAAAUAGAGUAGAAAUUGGAUGUAAUGUCAUAUAGUCGGUAUUUUGCAACAGUGAGCAUCUGGGCAAAUCACAAUCUUUCUUAAUUACAUAAUGAAUUUUAAGAUCCUUUGAUGAAAGAUGGAAAACAUUUUAAGUUUAGUUAUAAUUAAGCGAUUUGGUAUACAAUGCUUUGCACUUUGGAGAGAUUCAAAAUAAUAAAUUUCAAUUGAAUCAUUAUUUUAGAUGUAUUUAAUGGCAAUGUUGUGAUUUCUUACCACUUGUUAUUUGCCUCUCUUUUUCUCAUUUAAAUUCUUGGUAGAAAUAAAAAUCACAUUAUUCUUCUGUGCUAUAAGUGCCUUUAAUCCUUUUUCUCAGGAAAAUUCCUUUAUUUUAUUCCAUUUUUCAAAAUAUCUUUAUCUUAUUCCAUUUUUUCCAUUAAUUCUCAUGGUCAAUAACCCUGUUCUUCAUCCUCAACAUGGCUUCCAAUCCUUCUACCCUUCCUUUAGUUCUUUACUAAGUUAUUUUCUCUGCUCUGCCUAGACUAUCCUCCCUUCCUUAUGUCAACUGAUUGGUGAAUUAUUUCAGCUCUACAGUGUGCUUUACUUCCAUACCCCUUACUUCUUCGUCCUACUGAUGAUCUUGCCUUUUCAAACACCAACCCUGGAUUACAUUUACCAUUUGCCUCCUUUGCCUUAUUCACAUACUGCCAAAUAGAACUGGAAAAAAUCAUGUAACCUCGUUGAUUGAUUAUGUCUACCACAAAUGUAUAUGAUCAAAUCUCACAGUAGUAAGGCAGUCCUUUUACUAUGCUCUAAUUGAUUCACUAGCCUACUUUCCAUAACAGCUGUUCCAAUCCUUCUCUCUAAUCAAGCUUUCUUCUCAGCUGACGAUGCUGACUCUUUAUUUUAUUGAAGAAAACAAUUGAAGCCAUUCCCCCAAAGUUCCCUCUUCCUCUCUGCCUUUCAUUUCAAAUAAAGCAGAUAUUCUUCCUCAUUAACUCAUCCUUUCUUCUGGUCUCAGAUGAAGGUCACCCAUCUUUUUGACAAGCACCGUGUACAGGCCUCUUGCUCACGGAACUCCCCUCCCAUCUUCUUUCCUUUGCUUCUAAACUCUUUGAGAAAGCCAUUUACAAGAGGUCACUCCACGUCCUCUCCUUGAGUUCUACCCUACAUUCUCGGUCCUCUGACUUCAGCAUUCAAUUUCCUUUUGGCAAUCUCCAACGUUAGGUCCAGUAGGCAUUUCGUACUUCUGACAAAGACGUCGUUAUCUUUCCUUAGAGACCUUCUCUCUCCUAAACGUUCCUUUCACUGAGGACAACAUCACCUUCCCAGGCUUGGAGGCUUUUCACUCCCAUUUAGCCCCUCUAUAGAAUAUGUUGUCAGAUAUUGUUUCUGCCAUCACCGUUGUGCUAUGCGUUUCCUUUUCUCUGCUCACACAGCCACUGCCCUGGCUCAAGUUCUCAUCCCCUCCCAAGUAGGCUGCCCCAAAGCUUCCUACCUAUUCUUCCCACUCCGGGUGAUGUCUCACUCCACUCCCAAAAUGCUUUUUCUAAAGCCCAGGUCUACCCACGUCACCUCCCUUCCCAUAAACUCCAGGGGUUCCCUGUAGCCUCUAAGAUCUCCCCCUUCCUCCAUCUCCCCUUCAGGUACCUAUUCUAUGAUCCAGCUACAUCAUCCACUUGCUUUCAUCUGCACAUGGCACUCCACUUGUCAUCUCAGGAUCUUUGCACGGGCUCACCCUCACGCUUGGGGUGCUCGCUCUCCUCUUCAAGGCAGCUCAAAUCUGACUCCCCCCACCCUAGCCUCCCAACCACUACAUUAGCUGCAGUUAUCUUCCCAACUUUAUCUAUGUUUCAUAUGUACCUGGCAAUUUAUGGUCUCUCUGGUUAGAAUGUAUGCUCUUUGAGGGCAGCUGCUCUUUUUGCCUUUCUUUGUAUCGCCCGCGCUUUAGGUUUCAUAUUGCUUCAUAGCACUCUGGCACAGAGUAAGCGCUUAAUAAAUGCCUAUUGACUGCCUGAAUAAUUACGUAUCGAAUGCCAAUGAAUUAAUUCCUUAAAGUUUAGCGUUUCUAUGGAGAUUUAAAUAUGCUUUGCAUGUAAAAUGUGAAUAUAUAUGAAUGUUCUUUUAUAGGAAAUAUUUUUAUCUUGAUUUCUCUUGUCUGUGUUAACACUUGUUAUAUUUACUGUUGGGAACUUACAUGAGAGAAAAUGUAAUUGCCAAAUGUAGGGAUUUACAAUAAAAUUUUUAUAGAAGCCACAUGUAUACAUUUAAAAGAAAAAAAUGUAAAUAUGUAUUCAGGUAAAUGACCAAGAUUUGGAGUUCUUUUAUGGUCCAAAUGCAGAAAUGUUUUCCAAUUUAAUUAAGAUUUUAUAUAUUUUCAUUUGUACACUUUUACAAAAAAAAUACACUUUAGAUACGUUCUUUACAUUUCAGAAACUUUGUUAUAACAAAAUAGCCAGAAUGAUAAGUUAAAAUAAUGAAGUCUGCUUAAAAUAAUCUCAUCCACUUUAACAGUUACUUUUUGUACUUUAUAUUGUUUUAGAAUUUGUUAAAUUGCUAUUUAUGGUAGGCAAAUAACCAACUAAAAUCUUAUAAAUGUAUACAAUGAUCUGCAAUAUGCAAAAAUUAAUAUGAUUAAAACAUAAGUCCUUCUUAUAUACAUUUAA